AUGAAGAAUUAUACAGUUAUUUUAGCCUGUAUUAUUGUCUUAUCGAUUGCUUCUGCAAAGAAACAAACCAAAGAAGAACGGUCUAAAUUUAAAGAGGUGCACGAGCAAUGCCAAAAUGAUGAAAGAACAUGUGUGGAUGAGAUGCUUAUCAGAAAUUGGUUUGGAGGGAUUUUCAUUGAAGACGACAAGCUUAAAAACCACAUGUUAUGUAUGGCAAAGGGACUGAAUUUUAUUAAUGAAAAUGGUAAAUUGAAUGAACAUUUUAUAAAGUCAAAAUGGAUUGAACAUUACGAUGGAAAAGAAGUAAAAAAUCUUCAAGAGUGCCUUAAAGAAAAGAGCACUUAUGUGGAAACUUCUUGGGAUUUCUUUAAAUGUCAGCAUAAUGCAAUCAAUUCAGUGCAGCAAUAA